UAUAAGGAACGCCCAAAGCAGCCUGUUCAGUCAGUUCCAGGCCAAGAGAGUCAUUCUAACGGAGCAGUCUCGGGUGACCUUGUUGAGACAGCCCUUACCUUCGGUGUUGCUGAAACGACACGUCAUCAUGUCUCGGCCUGUUCUCCUCGCCCUGGUCCUCCUCACCGUUGCCGUGACGACCAUGCUGGUGGCGGGAAACAACAUCUGUCGUCUGGCGACGUACACCAAAGAGUUGAGACUGCACGGCAGGGUGCAAUACGUGCAGGCCGGGGAGUGUAUCGUGCGAACCAACUACCACAUACAGCCCAAGUUCCUCAAUUAUGACGAAGGCGUCGAGGAAGCAGACUUCUACCUCAACAGCUUUAACAUCACCCACCGGGAGUGCUGCUGCAGAGUCGGCGUGUACGUCCUGAAGAACGUGCGGAUCGGAUCAACGCGCAUCAAGUACAAGGACAUAGAGAGCUGCGUCUGUCAGGCCUGCUGAUUCUACCACUUAACUUUCUGAGAUAUUAAAAUCUCCGGGCAGAUGUACGGCUUUACCUUGGGUUUUAUUUGGCACGUUGUCGUGUUUCGUACGCCUUUUAACCGGACUGUUUUGUCCGUGGGGGCGAGACGAACAGACGAAAACAUCGGCUGCAGAAAAGACGUACAGGAUAAGCUAUGUUUAAAACCUAAGUUGAAGCCGUAGAUCUGUUCAGAGAUAAGUUCCCAGACACAAAGAACGUCAAGCCUCAUGAUGGAGUCGACAAAGGCCUUUUCCAUACAGUUAACGUUUUGACAUUCUAGCGAACAGUGUUAACAGUUUACCCUUUUGAAAUUGACUACGAUUACCCGGUAUUUUGUUCCCUCGAUAUGUGAUAUCCCAAUACAUACUCACAUAGACCUUUUCACAGAUCCCUUGGCAUGCUGGGAAAACCGAGGAAUUAUGGGUAAUGUAUGAAUCAAACAGCACAGACCAGAUUGCACACAUUACGCAUGCGCCGCCGACGUGUUGUCUUGGUAACGAUAUUACCCACAGUUCACUGUUUUCCCAGCAUGCAAUGUAAUCCGGACAAACGCUAUACGUUUUCUGUCAUGGAAUGGGCCUCUGGAUGUCGUCGCUGAAUCGGCUUUUUGACGACAGAAUGGGAAAGAAAACAAAUUCAGCCAGCCAGGAUAUAUCAACAGGAAAUAUCAUCAUACUCGAGUUAAUCAGAAGAUUGAAUUUAUACCUCAGCCUGCUAAACCAUUACAGGAUUGCAAUCUUAUCAUUUUUAAUAAAUUUCAUAUCACCUUUCAAUAAUGUCUCAAUUAACGUACGCACUGCAUGCCUUUAAGUUGACGGUAAUAGAACUGUCACGUCAUACCACUGUACAUUUAAAUUUAGAUACAUAUUCCUAGAAUACUGACGAUAUGAACCCUCGUUACUGAUUAUGCGAUCAAACUAAAAAAGGAAAACAAUUUAGCAAGAUAUCAAGAUGCCAAACAUCCGGGAGGUAUGUAAUGUAUAAUGUUCACAAUGACUGCUGAGAAUUUCAGACAUCACAUCAACAACAAUUUUUUUUAGUAAUGCUAAACAUAACUUAAAAUAGGUGCUAUCACAAGUAUGGUAUAUUAUUCAGGCUUAACCCCCUAAAAGAUGGGUAGUAUAACCCAUUAGUCCUAAAUGGCUCUACUCCUACAGUGGACAACAGCUGUUGAUAGACGACACCACAUCACUUACACGGGGGUGUAAAAUAUUUCAUUUCAAAACAUGAAAAAUACAAAGAGAAUACGCAUCAUUCGGACCUCAAUAACUAACAAUAAACCAAAAAUCGAAGAAAUUUGGCAAACCACUGUGAGGUAUGUUGCCGCGAACACACAAAGAUGACCAAAACAAUACCUUCCCGCGGAAGGAUUUCUCCUUCUCCAGUGGUAAAACAAUUACAAUAGCUCGAGAUAUUCAUUUAAAAGUUAAUGUCAUUGUAGUAUGUACCCCUUGCCUCAUACAAAUACUCACUGGUUUUUCACACAAAACAACUAGUACCAUAAUUUCCAUAUUUAUUUCACAAAUAUGUGCAAAACUUAUAUAUAAAGUUACGAAAUUGCAGCACACCUUCUGUGCCUUUAUCAUAAAUGAUAAUUACUCAUGUAUAUAAGGUUACAUUCUGCUGAUUAUUGAUACUUCAGAGAGUUUAUCUUUAUUUAUUUUGCAUAACAUACAGGUACUACAGUUUAACCUCAGUUUCUAUUGCCUGCAGGGUAAUGUAACUCAAUUAAAGCCACUGGAUGCAGGCACUCCUAGUGGCAUAUUUUGGAACAGGUAUUGC